CAACGGAGUUACCAGGGCGCCGGCCCAACACAGCGUCAACGUGGCAGCUCGGUGGCCGGCGACCGGCGGCCGACUGGAGCGGGACGCCUCCGAGACAGAGACGCACGGCCGACGCGACUCCUAGGCCGACCGCCAAGACAGCGCACACUCUGUAAGGACACUUGAGCGGGAUCCCCUGAGUUAAGGCGACCAAGAUGGGCGGUGGCAUGAGCCGAGACCGAAACAAGAACUGGGACCUAGAGGCCAUCGCCGACCACGAGGGCAGCAUCAAUGUGAUGGCCGUAAGCGAGGACCGCUCGGUGCUGGUGACCGGUGCCGAGGACUGCACGGCCCGCCUCUGGAACACCGAGGGCGCCGAGACGGAGUGCAUGGGCAUACUCAGGGGGCACACCAACUACAUUACUACCAUCGGCACUGUAGGCGUGUUCGUCAUCACCGGCAGCGCCGACAACUCCAUUAGGAAGUGGGACAUGUACACCUGCGCCUGCCUCUUCGUUUACGAAGGUCACACCUCACGUGUCACCCGCGUGCUGUGUACGGCCGACUUCAUCAUCUCUUCGUCCUACGACAAGACCUGCAAGCUGUGGCUGUUUGAGACUGACGACGACGACGACUCCGAGUCCACAUGCAUCCGCACGUUCGAGGGUCACACCGCCGGCGUUUACCCGAUCUGCUUCAUCCCGGGGGACGACGAGGAGAAGCCAGACAAACCCCUGGCUGGAAACGGCGGCGAAGGCGACCAGGAGGCCGAGCCGGAGCCCGAGAAAGAGGACGAGGACCUGGAAGAGGGCAUUCACCCGCGGGACGUCCUCAUCACAGGCGCCGCCGACGGCACAGCCCGGUCCUGGUCCGUCGCCAAGGGGAUUCAGCUCAAGGUGUUCAAGGGCCACAAGGGUCCCGUCAGCUGCAUGGCCAUCGACGCCACCGGCAAGCUGCUCUACACCUCAGGACCGGACAAGACCGUUCGCGAGUGGGACAUCGAACAGGGUGUGUGCACCAAGCUGCUGAGCGGCCACAAGGACUCGGUGAUCUGCAUGCAGGUGGUCAACAAGCUGAUGUACACGGGGUCGGCCGACACCACGGCCCGCUGCUUCAUCACCGAGUUCGGAGACUGCACGCGCACCUACAAAUCUCACCGGGACACCGUCAUUUGCCUGCGGUUCCACAACGGCAUCCUGUUCACCGGCUGCGCGGACAUGAUCGCGCGCGCCUUCGACGCCCGCUCUGGCAACCUGAAGCGCACAUACACGGGUCACGAGGCCGCCAUCAACUGCAUGCACGUGGUGGGCAAGAAGCUGUACACGGGCUCCAGCGACGGCGUGCUGCGAGUGUGGGACGCCGACGUCCCUGACGACGGUCUGAUGCCGGACUCCAUGGAGGAGCCCGACGAACCAACGGCCCCCCAGCAGGGCGGCGGCCCGGCGCCGGCCAAUCACAGCCAGGGAGAACAGUCACGGAAAGAGGAGGAGGACAGUGACUAGGAAGUGGACGAAAUUAGCGAGAUCGAGGCGAUUGAGGCGAAUGAGCCCUCCGCGACUGUCGACGACGCCGGAGCGGCUCCACCCGGAGCUGCCGAGCACGUUGAGUAGGUGUCGCCACCAGCUACUCAACAGGCAGCAGCACUAAAGUCAGAAGCAGAAACAUCUCACAGCCGGACUCCCCCUGCCGAUGCUUUAGUUUAGGAGAUCUUACAGAAUGGUGUUUGGUCACGCAUAGUUAGCAAGUCUGACAGCCGUGAGUUUUCCAUUUCGGUCAUCUUGUGACCCUGAUCUCACGAGAAGUCUACGUUUUUCGGGUUGCAAAGCGGCGAAUGGGAAAUGACCCGGGCGACCUCGUCAUUCCAAGGACGACUAUGAAAUCCGACUGGCUUCAGUUUGCAUUUUCAUGCCUGCUGUUCAGAUGAAGGGAUGAUCACGUGAAAUGAAAAGCGCGUCCAAAGCGCGCGACGCCGAGUGCCAUCGGGAACAACUAGCGCGCAGCACUUGUUUGACCAUAAAAGGCUCUAAACUCGUUUGUUGACAUGGAGUUCCUACGCGGACGACCUUUAGGAAACCAGGAGUUACUGGAUAAACAAAAAUGACGGGUAACCAGUGAAAUUUAUUAUCAAAAAUUACGACGUGCCCAGAAGUGCCGGUCACUAGUAGCCGUGAACACUGCUGGAAACUUUCAGUAUUCUCAUAAUAUACUGCAAUCAAUGUUCGAAUCUUUACGCACCUCCUGGUAUACUGAAGGUUGGCUGUCUUCAGCAACAACUUAUGACACGAAAACGGCUGCUUCUUGUCGCAGAUUGUGAUGAUUUGUCGGCACUCGCACUCAACACGCCCGGAAGGCACAUGAUCGCUGUCAAAUGUCAAAAGCUAGGAGCGCGCUUUUACCGCAUCCUAAAAUGAGAACUGUCCGCACCAAGGAGGUCGCUCCGAACAAUGUCGGGCUUAUCAAUGCAGAGGGCAUGUAAAUUGCAUACACAAAUUGCAAUUGCAUACACAAUUGUCACAAUAGAAAAGCUGACCUGAACAGUUUUGAGUGGCAUGCAGCCAGGACACGACUGUGCGUGCGCAUAUGCCGCCGCCAACCCGAUGAGACUUGCCGCUCCAGUCUGUAUCGGACGCCUCCGCCCGGAGCGAACCCACACCGUCCUCAGAACUGAACACGCCCUCAUGCUGCAAAAUAUAUUUUCUAAGC